AUGAAAGAUUUAUCCACAAAAAGAUUCAGACGUUUUAAUUUCACUCUUUAUGAACAUGUGGAUAUAUCAUUUGUUAAACUUAUGGAGGAUAAAUUUAACGAUUUGAAUAAUUGUAUUCAGUAUAUUAUCUUUCAAUUGGAGUUCAAUCAUCAUGCUUCAGGCACGGAUAGGCGCAUACACAUGCAAGGAUUCGCGAUCUUAAAGGAUCAGAUGAGAAUCGGAAAAUAUAAUCCAAGGAGUGAAUUUGGAUCUGGAAUUAAAAAUAUAUUUAAAUCAAAUAGUAUUCAUAUUGAUUUUGCGAAUGGAACAUCAGAGCAGUGUAGAGAUUACUGUCGUAAGAAAUAUAAUCGAUGUAAAAAUCAUGAUAGAUGUAAAUGCGAUUAUUUUGAUUUAGAAGAGAUAUGUGAAAAAUGUAAUGAUAAUUGUGUUAGAGAUUUAGCUCGUGUCUGUGAUGUGAAUGAAGAUGAUACACCAUCUGGACCAUGGGAGUUUGGUGUUAUAAGAUGUGAUGAUCCAAUUAAAGGGGGUAGGCGUUCGAAGAGAAAUGGUGAAAUUGAAUGCAUGGCAAAAGUGAUAGAUAAGAUUGUGGGAGGUGAGGAUAUUGAUGAUGUACUUGUGGAAUAUGCACCUAUGAUUUCAUCUCGUGUUACAGUUAAUAUUGAUAGAAUUGCAAAGGCG